AUGGAUAGAUUCUUGAUUUGUACGGGUGUCAGGGGUUAUGGGGAGAAGGCAGGAGAAUGGGGUUGGGAGGGAGAGAUAGAUCAGGCAUGAUUGAAUGGCGGAGUAGACUUGAUGGACCGAAUGGCCUCAUUCUGCUCCUAUCACUUAUGACCUUAUAAGCUGAUUGACCUGCUGUGAAUUUCCAGCAUUUUCGGUUUGGGCUUUUUUGGCUGAAGCAACAUUUUUUUAUUUGUGGGGUGGUGAGACAGAAAUCUGCUCAGUUGAAGACCUUUAUAGACAAGGUGUCCCUCUCUCCGUUAGUCAUCCCUAUGGGAAGCGUUAUUUGCUACUUGUGCUCCAGUCAUAAUUCUGAUCAUUUUAACUCUUAAGUUGCCGUUACCCGUUUCAAUAUCCCACACGUAUGGAAGCCCUCAUUACAACACUGUGGUAUACGUUAGUGGCUUUGUGCAACGUGAGAUGAUUUGCCUAAUUCUGCCAUGCAUUGUUAAUGUCGUACAUGAGAAAUAUUCCUUGGGAUUCCAGCGAAGUGAGGCGAGGGUUGUAGUGAACUGUGGAGAUCCUAUAAGAAGUCCGAGGCCACGUGCUCUUAUUGUCCGGAAUUCCAUUCUAUUCCUUGCCUUCCGUUGACUGGGACAAGGAUUUGGGAUUGUAUCUGGCUUGAGGCAGACCAUUUCCAUUGUUGAUGGAAUUCCUUUGGAAAUAACUACUCCUCCAUUUCAAAACUGGGCGUAUAAACAAACCCCAAAGUUUGGCCUGGUCUCCUCGGUGAAUUGUUGGCGUUUGUGCCGUUGUUGAACCUCCCCAAGGCAUGACGCCGUGGUCCAAAAUGCACCCAGUUACCAGCUGGCUCUGGCAUGAGGCGGUCAUCUCCAUGCCUGCCACCUGGGUGAAGCACGGUGUCUGCCCAUCCUGAUGGGCAUCAACUCGCCCGUUCCCCAGGGCAACGGGCCACCCUUUGAUCCGAUUCUUAAACGUGACGUGAUUUACACUCGAAAUUACCCGCAGUGAGAUUGUGUUGACAAUUUGGGUGAUUUGGAGUUGGAUCACAGUGCCAACCAACUUCAAACAGGAGCUGGCCUUCCAGGCAUCUUGUGGGAUCUCAAUGGUAUAAGACUUAGCUUUGUAUCGUCCAGGAAGCUGUGGAUUUAAUCCUUAUUGAUGAGACGGAAACUAGCAAAGUUUAAACAUGGAUGUGACGAUAUAUUGUUAUUUAAUAAAUCUGCUAAUGAAUGAUCACCAGGAUUAACUGUCAUUUCCUUAACUCCGUUCUACAUUGUUCAGCAUGAUUAUUAUGGCCACUAUUUUGACCAACUGUGUAUUCAUGACCUUUAGUAAACCCCCAGACUGGUCCAAGCAGGUGGAAUACACAUUUACCGGCAUUUACACCUUUGAAUCUCUUGUAAAAAUGAUUGCCAGGGGAUUCUGCAUAGAUAGCUUUACCUUUCUUCGAGACCCAUGGAAUUGGUUGGAUUUCAGUGUAAUAAUGAUGGCAUAUGUGACAGAGUUUGUGGACCUUGGAAAUGUCUCAGCGUUGAGAACAUUCAGAGUUCUCCGAGCUUUGAAAACUAUCUCGGUCAUCCCAGGUUUGAAGACCAUUGUUGGUGCCCUAAUCCAGUCUGUAAAGAAACUUUCUGAUGUGAUGAUCUUGACUGUAUUUUGCCUGAGUGUGUUUGCCCUGAUUGGACUCCAGUUGUUCAUGGGCAAUUUAAGGCAUAAAUGUGUCAUUUGGCCUCCCAGUCCAGCGGACUUUAAUGCCACCGAUGAAAAUGGAACAAGGCUGUUUGACUUUCGCGAGUAUAUUAUGAAUGAAACAAAUUUCUACACUUUAGCAGGAAUUCCUGAUGCUUUGCUUUGUGGAAACGGCUCUGAUGCUGGUCAAUGCCCUGAAGGAUACAUCUGUAUGAAAGCAGGAAAAAAUCCCAACUAUGGCUACACGAGCUUUGAUACAUUCGGCUGGGCUUUCCUCGCCUUGUUUCGACUCAUGACGCAAGACUACUGGGAAAAUCUGUACCAGUUGACGCUACGAGCCGCCGGGAAGACGUACAUGAUCUUUUUCGUCCUGGUCAUCUUCGUGGGCUCGUUCUACUUGGUGAACCUGAUCCUGGCCGUGGUGGCCAUGGCCUACGAGGAGCAAAACCAAGCCACCCUGGAGGAGGCUGAGCAGAAAGAGCAGGAAUUCAAGCAAAUGCUGGAGCAGCUGAAGAGGCAGCAAGAGGAUGCGUUGAUGGCGGCGGCGGCGGCCACCUCUGCGGGGACGGUCUCGGAGGACGCGCUGGACGAGGAGGAGGAGGGCCAGAUGUCGCAAAGCUCGUCGGAGCUGUCCAAGCUCAGCUCCAAGAGCGCAAAGGAGCGGAGAAACCGGCGCAGGAAACGGAAGCAGACCAGGGGCCACUCGGAGGGGGAAGAGAAAGGAGACCAUGAAAAAAUCUUAAAGUCGGAAUCUGAGAAUGGAAUCAGUAAACGGGCCAGACAUUUAGCACAUGGAAUGAAAUACCCCAUGAAUCAGUCUCAGCUGAGCAUCUUGGGGUCGCCGAACCUCACCCGAUUCGACAGCAAAAGCAGCAUUUUCAGCAUCCGAGACCGCAAGGAGCCCAGUUCGGAGACGGAGUUCGCCGACGACGAGCACAGCACGGUGGAGGAGACGGACGGCAACCGCAAGAACUCGCUGUUUGUCCCCAACAAGGAGCCCUACCGACGGAACAGCUACAGCGGCUACAGCCAGCCCAGCAAGUCGUCCAAGAUGUUCCCAGUGCUGCCGGUCAAUGUGAAAAGGAACAGUACUGUGGACUGCAAUGGUGUGGUCUCCCUUAUCGGUGGCCCUGGAGCCAACAUGCCUGGUGGACGUCUACUGCCUGAGGUGAUAAUAGAUAAGGCAGCUACCGAUGACAGUCCGAUCACUGAAAUCGAGAGCAAAAAGAAACUGUCGGGCUCCCUCCUGGUGUCCAUGGACCAGUUGAACGCAUCGUUCGGGAGGAAAGAUCGUGCGAACAGCGUGUUGAGCGUUCUGACAAACACGCUGGAAGAACUGGAAGAGUCUCAAAGGAAAUGCCCUCCCUGCUGGUAUAAGUUUUCCAACAUGUUUCUGAUCUGGGAAUGUUCCCCCAAUUGGUUGAAGCUCAAACAGCACCUCCACCUCUUUGUAUUCGACCCAUUUGUGGACUUAACGAUCACCAUUUGUAUCGGACUCAACACCCUCUUCAUGGCGAUGGAACAUUACCCAAUGACGGAGCAAUUUGAACAUGUUUUGUUCGUGGGUAACCUGGUCUUCACUGCAAUCUUCACACUCGAAAUGGUAAUGAAGUUGAUCGCAAUGGACCCGUACUAUUACUUCCAGGAAGGAUGGAACAUCUUUGAUGGAUUCAUCGUGUCGCUGAGUUUGAUGGAGCUGGGUCUAGCGAAUGUUGAAGGAUUAUCGGUGCUCAGGUCCUUCCGACUGUUGCGAGUCUUCAAAUUGGCAAAGUCGUGGCCCACGCUGAACAUGUUGAUUAAGAUCAUCGGCAACUCUGUGGGCGCUCUGGGUAACCUGACCCUGGUCUUGGCGAUCAUUGUCUUCAUCUUUGCCGUGGUGGGCAUGCAGCUGUUCGGCAAGAGCUACAAGGACUGUGUCUGUAAGAUCAACAAGGACUGCAUCUUGCCGCGCUGGCACAUGCACGACUUCUUCCACUCCUUCCUCAUCGUCUUCCGCGUCCUGUGCGGCGAAUGGAUUGAGACGAUGUGGGACUGCAUGGAGGUCGCGGGCCAGAGCAUGUGUCUCGUCGUAUUCAUGAUGGUCAUGGUGAUUGGCAAUCUUGUGGUGCUGAACCUGUUCCUGGCCCUGCUGCUGAGCUCGUUCAGCGCGGACAAUUUGGCGGCGACGGACGACGACGGCGAAAUCAACAACCUGCAGCUGUCCAUCAUCCGGAUCAAGAAGGGGAUCGCCUUCAUGAAGAUCUACAGCCACGAGUUUGUCCAGAAGCACUUCAAGAGCAAGGACGCGGACGAGGCCAAGCCGCUGGACGAGCUGAUCGACAAGAAGGUGAACUACAUCGGCAACCACAUGGGCGCCGACAUCAACCGCGAGAUGGACUACCAGAAGAACGGCAACGGCACCACCAGCGGCAUCGGCAGCAGCGUGGAGAAGUACAUCAUCGACGACGACCACAACUCCUUCAUCCACAACCCCAACCUGACCGUCCGGGUCCCCAUCGCUGUGGGCGAGUCCGACUUUGAGAACCUCAACACGGAGGACUUCAGCAGCGAAUCUGAAGUUGGCGGCAGCAAGGAGAAGCUGGACGACACAAGCUCAUCGGAAGGAAGUACCAUCGACAUUAAGCCUGAAGGGGACGAAGGACCACCAGUGGAACAGCCCGAAGAGUACCUGGACCCUGAGGCCUGUUUCACGGAUGGUUGUGUGGCUCGCUUUAAGUGCUGCCAGGUUAGCAUCGAGGAAGGCUGGGGCAAGCCAUGGUGGACUCUACGAAAGACCUGCUUUUUGAUAGUGGAGCACAACUGGUUCGAAACCUUCAUCGUUUUUAUGAUUCUGCUCAGUAGCGGUGCGCUGGCCUUUGAAGAUAUUUACAUCGAACAGCGGAAGACAAUUCGAAUCAUCCUGGAGUAUGCCGACCAGAUCUUCACGUAUAUCUUUAUCCUUGAGAUGUUGCUGAAAUGGGUGGCCUAUGGAUUUCAAAAGUACUUCACCAAUGCGUGGUGCUGGCUGGACUUCCUCAUUGUGGAUGUCUCCCUAGUCAGCCUCGUAGCUAAUGCCCUGGGCUACUCCGAUCUAGGUGCCAUUAAGUCUCUUAGGACACUAAGAGCUCUGAGACCUCUAAGAGCCUUGUCACGAUUUGAAGGGAUGAGGGUCGUGGUCAAUGCCUUGGUGGGUGCCAUCCCGUCCAUCAUGAAUGUACUGCUGGUGUGUCUCAUCUUCUGGCUCAUUUUCAGCAUAAUGGGAGUGAACCUUUUUGCUGGGAAGUAUUAUUUCUGUUUUAACGAAACCUCAGAAUACAGGUUUCUCCCGACUGAAAUCAACAACAAGUCUGAAUGUGAGGGUCUGAUGACCCCGUCUAAUGAUGAAGUCCGUUGGAAGAAUGUGAAGAUCAACUUCGACAAUGUAGGAGCGGGAUACUUAGCUUUGCUGCAAGUGGCCACCUUCAAAGGCUGGAUGGAUAUCAUGUACGCUGCCGUUGACUCCCGAAAGGUUGAAGAGCAGCCCUUCUACGAAGACAACAUCUACAUGUACAUCUAUUUUGUGAUCUUCAUCAUCUUCGGAUCAUUCUUCACAUUAAACCUCUUCAUUGGCGUCAUCAUUGACAACUUCAAUCAGCAGAAGAAAAAGUUUGGAGGUCAGGAUAUCUUCAUGACGGAAGAACAAAAGAAAUAUUACAACGCCAUGAAAAAGCUGGGAUCCAAGAAGCCCUCGAAACCCAUUCCGCGGCCACUGAACAUAAUCCAGGGCGGAGUCUAUGAUUUUGUCACUCAGCAAGUUUUUGAUAUUGUGAUCAUGAUUCUGAUCUGCCUGAACAUGGUGACAAUGAUGGUGGAAACUGAUGAACAGAGCAAAGACAGUGAAAUGAUUCUAUAUUGGAUCAAUUUUAUCUUCAUCAUUUUUUUCACAAGCGAAUGUGUGCUUAAACUCUUUGCCCUAAGGCAUUACUAUUUCACCAUUGGGUGGAAUAUAUUUGAUUUUGUGGUUGUGAUCCUUUCCAUUGUAGGAAUGUUCCUGGCUGAUAUAAUUGAAAAAUACUUUGUAUCACCAACACUUUUCCGAGUUAUUCGAUUAGCGCGAAUUGGCCGUAUUUUGCGCCUAAUCAAAGGAGCCAAAGGGAUCCGAACACUGUUGUUUGCCUUAAUGAUGUCUCUGCCGGCCUUGUUCAACAUUGGCCUCCUGCUCUUUCUGGUCAUGUUCAUCUUCUCCAUCUUUGGAAUGUCUAACUUUGCCUACGUCAAGAAGGAAGACGGCAUCGAUGAUAUGUUUAACUUUGAGACCUUUGGCAACAGCAUGAUCUGCCUGUUCCAAGUGACCACGUCGGCCGGUUGGGACGGCUUGCUCUUGCCCAUCUUGAACCGCCCGCCAGAUUGCGACCUCCACAAGGAGAACCCCGGCACGGCGGUCAAGGGCGACUGCGGCAAUCCGUCGGUGGGGAUCUUUUUCUUUGUCAGCUACAUCAUCAUCUCCUUUUUGAUCGUGGUGAACAUGUACAUUGCCAUCAUCCUGGAGAACUUCAGCGUGGCGACGGAGGAGAGCGCAGAACCGCUCAGCGAGGACGACUUUGAGACAUUCUAUGAGAUCUGGGAGAAAUUUGACCCGGACGCCACGCAGUUCAUCGAGUACAACAAGUUGUCCGACUUCGCCGACACUUUGGAAGCGCCGCUUCGGGUGCCCAAGCCCAACCACAUCGAACUCAUUGCCAUGGACCUGCCGAUGGUGAGCGGAGAUAGGAUUCACUGCCUGGACAUCUUGUUUGCGUUUACCAAGCGCGUGCUCGGCGAGAGCGGCGAAAUGGACGUGCUGCGGCAGCAGAUGGAGGAGCGCUUCGUGGCAUCGAACCCCUCCAAGGUGUCCUACGAGCCCAUCACCACCACGCUGCGGCGCAAGCACGAGGAGGUGUGCGCCAUCAUCAUCCAGCGGGCGUACCGGGUGCACUUGGCGCGGCGAAAGAUCAGCACCAAGGGGCGACUCCCGUACUCCAAGCCCGGGGGCCACGCCAACGAGAACGGCAACACCAACCAAGAGAAGAAGGAAGGGACGCCCUCCACAGCUUCGCUGCCGUCGUACGACAGCGUAACAAAGCCGGAGAAACAGGAGAAGGACCGGAAAGGCAACGACAAAGGCAGAAGCAACCAAAAAGACAUCAGGGAAUCUAAGUUGUGAAAAAAAAUUCCAUUUGCAAGCAAAUGUUGUUUACAAACUUAAAAAGUAUAUAGAUAUAUAUAAAUAUAUAUAUAUAUAUCAAUGCAGAACAGUGACCCCAUUUCUAGAACAAAAAAAAGAACUCUCAGCUAGAGAUCUAUACCAAACAUAACCUGCUUACAAUAUAAAAAUGUUGACAGUAACCUUCCCUUGUCAUGAUACUGGGACCCUACACAGCGAAAAAGGGAUUCAAUAAACUCCAACAGGUGAUUACUGGAUCUAACGUACUUUCGCAUUCAAUGCAACAAAAAGGACAAAAACAAAAUGGCUGCUAGGAUCAGUAGAUUGCCAAUGGGGUCAGACAGACAAAUUUUAUUUUCUCAUUUUAGUUCACUCUUUCCGACAGAAACAAAAAAACAAUAGCAAGGUUUGUUUGACCAUGCGAAAUUAUGGCUGCCUCCUUCCAUUCUCUGUUCAGCAAAUGUAACAUUUAGCCCAUGCCAUUCUUUUUAGUCACGAUUUCUUUGUUAUAUCGGCAUAUUUUUCUACAUGGGCUUCAUGUUGUUUGGGAAUAAG